AUGCCUGGACUUAUCAACCAGACAAGUAACAGCCCCCUUCCACUCACAGCUUCGGAGGUCACCUCUUGUGUCAGCGGCUAUGCCUUUGGGAUGACCGCCUCGCUCACCUACGGCAACUCGGAGAGCCAUCCUUUUGAAGGCCUCUUUGUCUAUCCGCUGGAUGAAUACACAACCGUGGUUGGCUUCGAAGCAGUCAUUUCCAGUCGGGCGGUGACCGUCCAGAUCAAGGACAAAGCCAAGAUCGACGAUUGCUACGUUGAUUGCUGCAGCGGAAGGGCUCCGGGUGAAGGGCGUAUUGUGCUAGAUGAGGAUUUGGAGAGGAUAGUCUUCGUGGCCAACUUGGGCCUGGUGCCGCCUCAGGAAAGCGUGUCUAUCUGCAUCAGCACCUCCUCAGAGCUGCCUACCCUCCCCAGUGGGGCCGUGAGGGUCCUCCUUCCAGCUGUGUGUGUCCCCAAGGUCCCCCAGAACGUGACCAACGCUACCACCAUUCUCUCUGGACAUCACCUUCGACUCAGAGACAGGCACUACUGUGGCACAUCGACUCCAGAUCUCGACGGUAAAUUCUGUUUGGCCCGGCUUUUGGAGACAGAAGCAACCAACCCCACUGAAUAUGAGUUCAGCUUCUACCUGGAAAUCAGGGGGCCAUGCUUACUUGCAGGAGUCGAAAGUCCUACUCAUGAAAUCCGAGCCGAUGCCGAUCCUUCAGCCAGAUCUGCCAAGAGCAUUGCGAUCACUCUCGCCAACAAGCAUACCUUUGACCGGCCUGUGGAGAUAUUGAUCCAUCCCAGUGAGCCUCACAUGCCUCAUGUUUUGAUGGAAGAAGGUGACAUGUCCUCCACUGAGUAUGAGCAACACCUGAAGGGGCGAAGUGAUUUCAUUAAAGGGACAAAGAAGGACCCCAGUGCUGAGAAAAAGACGGAAAUUAUUCGGAAACGUCUCCACAAGGACAUCCCUCAUCACCCGGUCAUCAUGUUGAACUUCUGCCCUGACCUGAGGACUGUCCAGCCCAACCUCCGGAAAACUCAAGGAGAAUUCAUCUUCCUCGUGGACCGGAGCGGAAGUAUGAGCGGGGUAAACAUCAACCGUGUCAAGGACGCCUUGUUGGUCAUACUGAAGAGCCUCAUGCCGACCUGCUUGUUCAACAUCAUUGGGUUUGGGUCGACGUUUAAGGCCUUGUUUCCUUCCAGCCAGGCCUACUCUGAGGAGAACUUGGUCGUCGCGUGUGAGAGCAUCAAGAAGAUCCGGGCUGACAUGGGCGGCACCAACAUCUUGUCCCCUUUGAAAUGGAUCAUCCGGCAGCCCAUUCACCGGGGCCACCCGCGACUGCUUUUCCUGCUGACGGAUGGAGCCGUGAGCAACACGGGGAAAGUCAUUGAGCUCGUCCGGAAUAACUCCUUUUCUACCAGGUGCUACACUUUUGGCAUCGGGCAGAACGCUUGUCGGAGGCUGGUGAACGGGUUGGCUGCUGUGUCCAAAGGAAGUGCGGAAUUCCUGGUGGAGGGAGAGCGGCUGCAGCCGAAGAUGAUAAGGUCUUUAAAGAAGGCAAUGGCACCCAUUGUCAGCGAUGUCUCGGUGGAAUGGGUCUUCCCAGAAACAACGGAGGUCUUAAUCUCACCACUGAGCGCUAGCUGCCUUUUCCCAGGGGACCGGUUGGUUGGCUACAGCACGGUCUGUGAUACUUCCCCGUAUGUUUCUAACCCCCGGCUGGACAAGAGGCGAAAGUACAGCAUGCUGUAUUCCCAAGAGUCAGGCAGCUCCGUUUUUUUCCACUCCCAAGAGGAAGGAAGCACUGGCGACCACUGGAGCUCUCCCAAGGAUUCGGAAAGCGGGUUCCCUCCGGACAGGACCCCUGAACUCCUAGGGAUUGGCGGAGACCUCGGGAGCGAGUCUGACCUUGACUCUGGGACAGAGCUUAAAACCUCAUCCCGGAGAAGGGCAUACAGCACCAAUCAAAUUGCUGACCGUGAGCCGUUCCGGAAGAUUCCCACAGCCAGCGAUCCCAGUUCCGCCCUGAUCAAAAAUCCUCUCCGGAAAACCCAGCUACAGGAUCUCAGUCAGUUCAGCCCAGAACUGCAGCCCUGGCCUCUGUCUCGUCAAUGUUCUCAGUCUUUCACUGCCGGCCCCCACGUCUCCACGCCAAGGAUCCGGGGAGUCGGGGCCAGGCGACCGUCUCUUCUGCCGCAGAGCCGACUCUCGUUUUGCCAGGACUUGGAUCCGCCGCACCUGCACGUCGGAGCCCCUCAAACAGUGACAGGGAAGUGCUCUGACCAGCUCGAGGCUGGCUCGGUCGUGGGAUCCUUUUCGGAGAGCCGCAGCUCUGGAGAUCUAGAUUCUGUCCAGCCCCCUUCCUUUACCUUUGAAACAGAGUCUUCUUCUGCCUGGGAAACCCACGACCCGGAUGUCGACUCAGCCAGGAGUAGUUUGCCGCGCUCUCCGAGAUCCCUUUGCAAAGCCGUGGUGAAAGGGUUACGGAGCAACGAACCAGUCCAGUGGGAGAUCACUUUUGACGUUGGGCCGCUUUUCCAAGACAGAGGAAGAGAGGAAGAGGACCUCUGGAACGAGACCUUUCACCACUUGGCUGCCAGGUCCAUCAUCCGGGACUUUGAACAGCUCGCCGAGAGAGAAUGUGAAAUCGAGCACGGGUCUGGCCGGCGGUACCAGGUGAACGCCAUGCACACCAGCAAAGCUUGCAACGUCAUCAGCAAAUACACGGCCUUCCUCCCUGUUGACCUGAGCAAUAAUGGCUACUUGGCGACCAUGGUUGAAUACCCCAACGCAGGUCCUGCUCUGAAACCGGGCAGCCAGCGGAGCCUGGGUUCCGAGAGCCGGAGACACCGAGGGUUCUCUGCAGGCCUGGGAUGCACCCAGUCGGUCUACGGGCAAGAUGGAACAGAUGAUGGAUUCUCUAGUAUGAACACAGAAGAGAGCAGCCUGUCUCCCUGCAGCACACCUUCUUCCUCGGGUUGGGAACGCUACACUUUCCCAGAUGUUCCCCUGCGCAGUCCCUCAGUUUCCUCCCAGAAAUCCAUCGAGGGCCUCUUUACUGCCAGGUUGACCUUUAACAAAACAAGACUGCUGACUCGAGCGGCUAAGGGCUUCAUGGGCAAAUCCUCCACCAGGACCAGCGAGUCGAGUUUGGAGAGUGACAAUGAAAACAUCGACUACCUGCCUCUCGUGUCUCUGCAGCUGGCCUGUGGCGCCUUCCUGUUGACCAAGGCAUUCUGUGAGGCCGUCAACAUCCCCAUGGAGAAGCUAAAGUGGACCUCUCCUUUCACCUGCCAUCGGAUGGUGCGCAGCCCCUCGGCCAGCUCCUACGACUCCCGGAAGUCAGGAGAAAACGAAAACCCCUUGGCUGACAAACAAGGGGAGAGCGAGGCGGGCCGGGCCCGUCACUCCUCCGGUAGCGCGGUCGAGAGCUUCUCCAAAGCCCUGAAGGCCGAGAGCAAACUCUCCCCUCCUGCCAUCACCAUCCGGCGCUUCUCCUCCCCAGAGAAUGGUCUGUCCCCUGAGGGGUCUCAGGCCGACAGUGGCAGGGGCUCCGAGACGGAGAGCUCCGAACUGCAGGCUUGGCUCUUCGACAUCGAGCUCCAGCAGCAAACAGAGCCGGAGGGGAUGCUGUGGGCCACGGCCGUCGCCUUGGCCUGGCUCGAGCACAGCUCCGCCUCCUACUUUAUCGAGUGGGAGCUGGUGGCGGCCAAGGCCAGCGCGUGGCUGAGCGAGCAGGAGUUCCCGGAAGGUCGAAGCCUCCUCACGGUGAAAGCAGCGGCCCAGCAGCUCUUCGUCCUGCUCAGGCACUGGGAUGAAAACCUGGAGUUUAAUUUGCUUUGUUACAACCCUAAGAACGUUUAGGGG